AUGAGAGAAUUUGUAGUGAAUGAAAAUGAGGAAACUUCUCAUAGCCACCUAUUGUUGGAAUGCUCUGGCUAUAAAUUCAUUUUCAUGUUUUCAUUUCUAUCAUCAGAGUGUGAAGAAAUCCUUUUGAGAGCAAAUCCAAAAGAGAGGUAUAACAGUUUGUCUGCCUAUGGACAGUCAAAGUUUGCCAAUGUUUUGCAUGCUAAUGAACUUGCAAGAUAUCUAAAGGAGGAGGGCACAAUAAUUACUGCAAACUCACUUAACCCAGGAGCGAUUGCCACCAAUCUAUUUCGUUAUCACAGUUUAAUCGAUGGAUUUGUUGGUCUAAUUGGUAGAUACGCAAUGAAAAGUAUACAACAGGGAGCAGCAACCACAUGUUAUGUCGCAUUGCAUCCACAAGUUAAAGGGCUGAGCGGUUGCUACUUUGUGGACUGUAAUUUAGCUGAAACAAGUUCACAAGCAGGUGAUCAAGAGCUUGCAAGGAAACUAUGGGAGUAUAGCUCAAAUUUGAUUAAAACUUUAUAUUAUCACUCCUAA